UUUAGAUUUUUUAUGAUGAUUGGAAAACAAGUCCAUGAGACUACCAUGUGCUAUGUUUCUCUAGCCAGAUGGUAGCCACUAUCUACUUGACUCUUCUCCACUCAACACUAGUCAUCUAUAUAUGCGCAUUUCCGGGCUUGUAGCCUAAACAAGUUAUUACAAUCUCACCUGGCUUAGCAUCUGCUUGUUCAACAAAACUUUCCACAGCUUCCAUUUCUUGAUAUUUUUUAGCUAGACACUUUCUAAUCCAUGGCUAUUCUCAUGAGUCGUAUUAUUAAAUCUAAGCAACUGCUUAGACGGUCUUCAUUCACAUUCAACAAAGAAAGUUCGACAGGAGCUGAUGUGCCAAAGGGCCAUUUUACUGUUUACGUUGGAGAAAGGGAGAGGAAGCGUUUCGUUGUUCCCUUAUCAUACUUGAGCGAGUCUUCAUUUCAGGAAUUGUUAAGUCAAGCUGAAGAAGAAUUUGGAUUUAAUCAUCCAAUGGGUGGCCUCACUAUUCCGUGCAGGGAGGAUAUAUUCCUUGACCUCACAUCUCGCUUGAGUAGAAUAUGAGAUGGAAACUAGAUAUUCUUCAUAGGACCCAUUUUGUAAAGAACUCCUUUUUUACCUUUUUCUAAUGAUUUUGAGAUGUAAAAUCACCUGUCAACUGAAAUUUGUACACAGAAUCCCUAUAAUAUCUUGACAUUUUGGAUAUUCAUAUGAAAAGUUGUUUGAUGUUAUAUUAUC